GGCGCUGACGCGCAAGUGCCGGCAUGACGGGUGAAGAUGUAUAUUUACAACGAUAAAAUAAAUGGAAAUAUAAUUUGUGUUUAUUACUGUACUGUUUGCUGUGAAAGAAAAUGAACAGUGUCAAACAAGGAGAAGUUUUUGUAACGUGUCAUCCCUAUCUGCAGGAGAUUAGUUAUGGCUGCAGUGAACGCUUUCGUAAUCUUAUCCUUAGCCGUAUUUAUGAUUUUCUGCAUCGGCAUUCGUAACUUUUUAGUAGAUUUUGAAGAAAAUGGCUGUGAAAUGACAUAUAUGUUCGAGUAUCCUCAAUAUGUCAAAAUCUCUCUCCCACAAAAUGUAACAAAAAAGUACAGCCGCUAUGGACUGUAUGCUUAUGGAGAAGGCCAGUUUACUGAGAAAUUGAGGCAUAUGAUAUUUAAUGGCGUACCAGUACUCUUCAUUCCAGGAAAUAGUGGUUCCCACAAACAAGUCCGUUCAUUGGCAUCUGUCAGUCUCAGGAAAGCUAUUUCCUCACAUUCAAGGUUUCAUUUUGAUUAUUUCUCAUUGGAUUUCAAUGAAGAAUAUUCAGCAUUGUUUGGAGGGGUCCUUCAAGAGCAAACAGAAUUCCUUCAUAUCAGUAUUAAGAGAAUUCUUUCAUUAUACGAGAGAAGUCCAUCAAAACCAAAUUCUGUUGCACUUGUUGGACAUUCAAUGGGUGGUGUAGUGGCAAGAGGCUUAUUCAUGUUGCCUGAUUUCAAUACAUCACUUGUAAAAGUGAUAGUGACAUUAGCAACACCACAUGUAUCUCCUGUCCUCUCUGUCGACUGGCAUUUAUCUUCAUACUUUGGUAAAACCAACGUAUUUUGGGGAACACACAGGAAUGAUCAGUUGAAGAAUGUCACUUUUGUUUCACUGGGUGGAGGACACCGUGAUGUUAUGGUUCAGUCGGCACUUACAAUUAGUUCCUCUGCUGACAUCAACAUUCUGACAACAGAUGUGCCAACUGUUUGGCUGUCCACUGACCAUCUGUGCAGUCUGUGGUGCAAACAACUUGUUUUGGUCCUAGUGAGAGCUUUUUUUGAUAUUGUGGAUAUUUCAACAAAACAAAUAUCUGACAACCCAGUACUUCGCAAAGACAUUUUCUACUAUCACCUAGUCCAUAGAACAGGUGGCAAACGUUUCUCCAUAUCGGAGCAUCCACAUCAGCUGCUGUUAAGUGCAGAUGCAGAAUGGGAGGAAUAUCUUCAGAGAAAGCUAUCAAUAUCAGAACCAUAUGGACUUCGAGGCACACGUCAUACUAUGGUGCGUUUGGUGAAUGAUGAGAAACAUCAUUGGCUUACUGUAGUUGUCAGUGGUCUGGAAGCCAAAGACUGGAUCUUUGUAUGCUCAGCAGAUGUUGUUUGGAAGUCCUCAAGAAUGUGUGAUAUUGGUGUCAAUCUCUCAAAUGAAACAGUGUUCCUUCCUUCUGCAUCAGUGAAGAGAAAAAUGAUACACGUGGACUUACUGAAAUUGAAGGCUAACACAUCAUUCACCCAUGUUGUGUUACGGUUAUUACCUACAAGUAAUCCACUGCAGCUUCAUAUAGAUGUCCAUUCAUCAGAGCGACAUUUUGUAGUCCCAUUGCCACCUUUACUGCCAUUUUCACGUCCAGUUAGUAUAUUACCAAAACUGACAGAUGAGAAGGCAUUGCAUUACCGAUUUUAUUUGCCAGAUCUGGAAAAGCUGUGGCAAGCAUACCUACUUUAUAUAAAACCUGUUACUUGCCACAGUGGUGCACACCAAGCAGUUGCAAAGUUUUAUGUGCCAUGGAAUAAGGAAGCAGUUCAUAAACUUGUGACCGGCAAGUCAGCAACUCCAUUGAAGGUGAAACUGCAGUCACCAAAGCCAGCAUUAUACAAUGGAUCCAAACACCCACACAUUGAUCUAAUAUUGGAUGCUUCUUGUCAGUACAUGUUAAGCAUACAGCCCUCCAUAGCUGACAGUCUUGGACAGUUAGUACGAUUCUACUCACCUCAGCUGCCAGCAUAUGUGGCCACCAUACUGUUACUUGUACUGCGCCAGCAAAUAGUAGAACUCUCAAAAACUGGAAGCUGUGUCAUGUUUCAUACUGCUUUGGGAACAGGUGGCAAAGCAUAUAACUUGUUCUUUGUUGCCAUAAUCACUUCUCAAAUACUUAGGUGGUGCAUGGAUAUAAUGCCCUUGUCAUUCCUCAAGGAAUCAGGUGUGAUGCCUGUGCAGUAUUUAGACACUGAUACUUUUCUUUUGUCAUCAAUACUGUAUAUGGUUUCAUUCACUAUCGUCUUCCUGAUGGGAGUAUUUUGCUGGGCAGCCAUUAUUCUGUCUGGGCAAGCAGCUCACAAAAUGGCACUGAGAUUUUUGGCCAAAACUGUAACAGGUGUUAUUGUUCUGUCUGACUGGACUCUGUCAGCAUUGUCUCACCUACCUGCCACUGUUGCUGUAAUUCUUCUGGCACUUACAUUUAGUACAUGUGGUUCACUGAGCCUCUGCAUUGGAUUAUUUUUCUUCUUCUUGAUGUUGUGCAAAAUGUAUGAAGAUUACCUCGAGCAACUUGUGAGAAUGUCUCUCCAUUUCAUUGCAAAAACUUUGAAAGGUGCUACUAAAAAGAAACAGAACUUGCCAGACAGGAACAAGGAAGAAGAAAAGGAAGAGGACAACAAUAUAGAAGAUAAAAAGAAUAAAGAGAAUAAAACUGCUUUGGAGAACACUAGGAAAGAUGAUGACAAAAUUCCUGAAAUAGAGCACAAAGAAAAUGAUACAAAUAAUGAUGUUACAAAUAAUGAUGUUACUAAUAAUGAUGUUACUAAUAAUGAUGCUGCCCAGGAUGAUGACCUCAAUGAGAAGAAAAAUGAGAAGUGUGGAAGUAAUGGUAAUGAAGAAAACAAAGUAAAAGAUGAAACAGAACAGGGAGCAACUCCAGAUGCAAAGGAAAGCAAGGACAGUGACAACUCUCUUUCUGCACUCCAUUUUAAUUUUACCAUUUUUAUAAUCUGGCUCACAGUGUGUGCUCUUAAUGUGCCCAGUGCCCUAGUGUGGGCUCAUAAUUACAGGUAUAAUAGAAGACUGGAACCUGAUCCAUCACUGCCUUUAAGUGUUGUUCUCUGUACUUGUGCAGGAUUUCUGUGGCAGACAAAUGUGCCAAAAAAUAAUUUAAAAUACUACAACACUGUCUCAAAAAUGUUGUAUGGACUUGCGGUCUUUGCUUUGUGCUAUGGCCCAUUGUCACUUUAUGUAAUGAGUCCUGUAUUGGCAACAGCAGUUGCUAUUGUUACCAUUCACCAAAUGUUCUUCCCAUCUUCUUCAUCAAUGUGAUAUUUGAUGUUUAACAUAUAGACUUUAUUUUCGUGUGUUCUUAUAUGUGCUUUUUUGCUACUUAACAAAGACUGUACAAAAUUUGUAACAAAGAACAGAUGUGAUAUUUAUAUGUUUGUUAUAGAGAUGUAUUUGUAGUAUUCAUGGAUUGUGAAUUAGAUACUAAAUAUUUAUAGGUAAUUUAUAUUUUGUGUGAUGU